UCCCGGAUGUGAUGAAGUGCUAACAGUAAAGCUGACUUUGCUAGCGUUUAGCUUAUUUCACGUCAUGUUUUGGUGGAUUUAGCCUCUGAUGAAAGAAACAUUUUAAGCAUACACUAUUGUUUUAGAUGAAUAUGGACAGAAUCAGAUACUUUAGUAACUUUAGUGAGUAACGACUAGAAAAAGCAGGUUCAACAAAACAACCACAGCUAACAACUAGCGAACCUCGACUAUCAUUGUUUAGAAAUUACAGCCAUGAGUCUGGCAGGCAGUCGUGAACCCAGAAAGACUGCGGGUAACCGCAUGUCUAAAUUACUGGAUGCCGAAGAAGAAGAUGAGUUUUACAAGACUACUUAUGGAGGUUUCAACGAUGAAUCAGGAGAUGAUGAAUAUCAUGGCGAACAUUCAGACACAGAGGAUGAGGUCGACAGUGACUUUGACAUCGAUGAGGGUGACGAGCCAGACAGUGACCAGGAGGAAGAUGCUCCUCGGAGGAAGAGUCGGGUUGUCACUAAAGCUUAUAAGGAGCCGAUAAAAGUGGCCAAACCCAAACCUAAAAGACCCAGCGAGGAGCAGAAAAAGACUGAGAAAACCAGAGUGGAGCUCAAAAGAAGGAUUCCUCAAGAAUUCCAAGAUUUUGGUGAGACACGUAAAUCUGUGCGCCAGUCCACCAGUGAACAUACAAGGAAGACAAACCUGCGCUUACAAGAGCGUCAGGAUGCCCCUCGGAGACGGAGAGGUGCUCAUCGAGACCGGCCGCUAACGCAGGAAGAGCUGCUGGCAGAGGCUAAGAUCACAGCUGAGGUCAACAUUCGAUCUCUGGAAAACUAUGAACGCCUGGAAGCAGACAAGAAGAAACAAGUCCAUAAGAAGCGGCGUUUUGAGGGACCAACCAUUCGUUACCAUUCAGUCCUCAUGCCCCUUGUCUCCCACUCAGUCCUCAAAGAAGAAAAUGUUGAUGUUGAGGGGCUGGAUCAGGACGUUCCUCAGACCGCACCUCAGAAUCCCACCACACCUUCCCAGCAGCCCACCGGAGGCCUGUGCUCCCGGACUUAUAUAACGUUCAGUGACGACGAAGCUUUUGAGGCGGCUUUUCCUCGCAGCGCCCAGUCAAACCCUCAAGCGCCCGUCCAGGAGGUCUGUCCUGUCACCCACAAGGCUGCACUGUACAGAGACCCGGUCACAGAUAUACCCUACGCUAAUGCACGAGCCUUCCGCAUCAUCCGAGAGGCAUACCGCAAAUAUGUGGCAGCUCAUGGAUUUCCAAACAUUUCUGGGGGGGCAGGAGCUGAGUCCUCUGCGAUGAAGGGGGCACGCCAGAAAGUGCCUGUCAAGCAGAGCGCAGUUGCCACAUAGAUUACCUUUUUUUUUUUUAAUUAAGUCUGUUCACAGCUUCUAUUUCCUCAUUCAUAUUUCUGCAAAAUAAGUCAUUUCACCCGACAGCAUCUCUUUAAUUAGAGAUCUACAGACAAGCUAAAGGUAUUUUGGGAGUAGCAGCUAUUUCAACUCUUCUUUUUGUUACAGUUUUUAAGCUGUUCUGUACUGGUGUGGAUGCUCCCUCCUACAAAAUUCACAACAAAAACACCAACUCAGUCAAAUACAAACUGGAAGUCAUUUUACUUGGGAAUUGUCAGUGUAGGGAUUUUUUUUUUUUUUUUAGUUUUUGAAAACUCCAGACUGCAAGUGGAUGAAAAUCUGCAGCAUAGUUUGUUUUUAAUUGAGAAGAGUUUUGAAUCUGCACAACUCGUUGUGUUUUUUCCCUCCAUCAGCUUCAUUUGUCUUUUUUUCUGGUGAGAUGUUUUUGUUGCUGUUUCUUUAAAUGUACAUAAUUUUGGACAAUAAAUAAAAAAAAUAUUUCCCAGACU